CUGGAAUACAACUCUGGUGAAUGUGGGUUCUGUUUCUCUUCUGCAGGUGCGGGAAGCAUCGUUGCCAUUAUGAUUGGCAACCUGAAAGGCAUGGAGAUCCUGCGCCGGAUUGAGAGUGGCCUGAAAGUGACCAUGGUUAUUGAAGUGGGGAAAAAGCAUGGUCCCUGGAUGAACCACUAUUCCAUCUUCUUUGUCUCCGUGUCGUUUUUCAUUGUCACAGCAGCAACUGUGGGCUACUUCAUUUUUUAUUCUGCUCGCAGAUUCAGGAUCACGAGGGCCCAGUCCAGGAAGCAGCGACAACUGAAGGCAGAAGCCAAGAAGGCCAUUGGACAGUUACAGCUGCGCACCCUGAAGCAAGGAGACAAGGAAACUGGUCCUGAUGGAGACAGCUGUGCUGUGUGCAUUGAGCUGUACAAGCCAAAUGAAGUAGUGCGCAUCUUGACCUGCAACCAUCUUUUCCACAAGAACUGUAUUGAUCCUUGGCUUUUAGAACACAGGACGUGCCCGAUGUGCAAAUGUGACAUACUCAAAGUUCUAGGCGUUGAGGUGGACGCAGAAGAUGGGGCAGAGUCUGUGCAAGCCACAGUAUCCAGUGGGACAUCAAAUGUCACUUCAAUUAAUGAAGUGGAUAGCCACAGUGAAACUGCAUCAUCUGGAUAUGCUUCUGUGCAAGGAGCAGAUGAAUCAGUUCUGGAGGAACAGGCAGCAUCAGAAAAUGACAACACACAUCUUGUAAAUAAUGAAUCCCAGACUUCAGCUGUGACUGUUCUUCCUCCCCUUGACAACCCAACUUUUGAGGCGGACGAAACACAGGUUUCUGAAAUUAGGUCCUAAGAGUGUGCCCAGCAACGUGGUAUAAGCCUUCUGCAAGGAGCUGCCUACUGCCAUCGCAUGUACACCACACAUUUGAAGAACCCAGUAGAUGACUGUAGCAGCAUCAAUACCUUGAAAAUGCUAAGAUUAAACAUGUUUAAUUCAUGAUUAUAUGGUUUUCAGUUCUUAAAACUACAUCUCCCAUGUGGAAAUUAGUUUUAGCACUCUUCAGGUAAAGCUGUCAAAUCUAAUGAAAACCAUCAGAUUAUAACUCUAAAACAGAAGUUCCAUCUUCAGCGAAGCUUCUCUUCAGCAUUUGAGUUGCUUAAAUAAGGAGAAGUUUCUUUAUGUAGUAGCUGUCUCUACUGGGAAUUAUUUUGACUUUUGUUGUUGUUUUUUAUUCAAGUGGGUUCUCAUUGUAAAGAAAUAGAUUUUUAUCUGGUCUAAUACUUAUUUACCACAGUUGUUCAGUUUAAAGCGACACUAUAUUUAAUAUUUCAGUGCCCUGAUUUGAUAGGAGAAAGUGUAAUGCCUGUCAAACUGGAUUUUGCCCACAGUCUUUUGGUUAUUUGGUGAACAGAUCUAAUCCAUUGAUUUACUUCUCAACUCCACAUUCCUAAAGGGAAAAAGAGGGCUUCAGGCUGACAGGCCAAAUUUGACUUGCACAAUUCUGUAAAGGGAACAAAUGCAGGAACUUUUCAGACGUCUUGAUACCAGACGGUCUGAAAGAUCCUACAUGAUUUUUGGAAUUAUAACUGUCUCUAGCACCAGCAAUACGUAAGAGUUCUGGCUCUGUGGAAGACUUGAACUGAAGGUGGAAAGAUAGAUCCUCUCAAAGGUUCUGCUGUGACUUGUUCAGACAAUACCUGGGGAAGAGCCAUAUCUGGAAAAUGCUGGACUGUUCUGGACUCUUGCUGUGCAGCGUCUUGCCUGUGUGCUAAAGCUGCAGGGCCCCCUAAUGUCCUGUAAAU